GAAGCAGAGCAUCCAUGGCAAUUCCAGUCAUUGAUUUCUCCAAACUCCAUGGACCCGAAAGACCCAACACUUUAGCCCUCAUCGCCCAUUGCUGCCAGCAUUGGGGAUUCUUUCAGCUGAUCAACCACGGGAUAAAUAAGGAGCUGCUGGAGAAGGUAAAGAAAGUAGCAUCACAUUGCUACAAACAGCACCGGGAGCCGGCCUUCUUCCGUGACUCCGCCCCCGUCAAACUCCUCGACGACUUGCUACGCACCAAGAACGACGUCGACCGCAUCGACAAUGUCGAUUGGGAGGACGUUUUCCUCCUCUCCGACGACAAUAUCCAUCAAUGGCCGUCCGAAACCCCUGCUUUCGAGGAGACGAUGAAGGAGUAUCGAGCGGAGCUCAAGAAACUCGCGAUCAAAGUCAUGGAAGUAAUGGACGAGAACCUCGGGCUUCCGCGAGGCUACAUCAACAACGCCUUCACCGCCGGGAAGGGCGAUGACGGCGCCUUUUUCGGGACUAAGGUCAGCCACUACCCGCCCUGCCCCCGCCCUGACAAGGUCAGCGGGCUCCGCGCCCACACCGACGCCGGCGGCGUCAUCCUACUCUUCCAAGACGACGAGGUCAGCGGCCUCCAAAUCUUGAAAGACGGGGUGUGGAUCGAUGUCCAGCCUCUCAAGAACGCUAUCGUCGUCAACACCGGCGAUCAGAUCGAGGUGUUGAGCAACGGGAGGUACAAGAGCGUCUGGCAUCGGGUCUUGGCCUCGCCCGACGCCACUAGGAGGUCGAUCGCCUCGUUCUACAAUCCGUCGUUCGACGCAAUGAUCGAGCCCGCGCCCAUCGUUGUCGCCGAAAAAGAGGAAGAGGAGGAGGAGAAUCAGACAAAGUACCCCAAGUUUGUUUUUGGGGAUUAUAUGUCUGUCUAUGCUGAGCAAAAAUUCCUCCCUAAAGAGCCAAGAUUCCAAGCUGUUAAAGCAAUGUAA